AUGUACAGCCAGCGCUUUGGCAUCGUGCCCCGGGAGUUUAAGGGCCCCACUCCCAAGGUGGUGCUGCUGAGAGCCAAGCCUCCCCAAGGCGUCGGGGUCAAGGCACAGGAGGAGAGGAUCCUGCACAGCCAUGAGAAGCAUCUGGCUAUUUUGAAAUCCAUUAAGGAGAGUGAGUGGCAUCGCUUGAAAGCUGAGUGGGACCAACACAAUGACCGCAAGUUUUUGGACAACCUGGUUCAAGCAAAGAUCAAGGAUGCUAUGCAAGGUUUUAUCAUCAACACUGAAGAAAGACGAAAUAAAUUACGUUGCCUUUUAGCAUCAGAAGAAAAUGAGUAUUUUGCUGAAAUGCAAUUGAAAGAAGAAACAACGGAGAUGAAAAGAGAGAGAAUGAAAGAGAAAACCAGAAUGCUGAAAGAGCAAAGAGAAAAAGAGAAAGAGCUCUUUGUGACAGAAAAGCUGGACCAGCAAUUCAGGGAGGGCUGCGAGGAGCUGCGCCUGGAAUUGUCCAACAUCCACCAGAAGAAGGUCUGUGAGGAGCGGAGAGCGCAGGUCGCCUUCAACGAGGAGAGGCGGCAGCAGAAGCUGGCGGAGGAGCAGAUGUUCGCGCGGCUCUGGGAGCAGGACCGCGCGGCCAAGGAGCAGCGCGAAGCCCGGGACGCGCAGCGUCGGCGCGAGGCGGUGGAGGAAACGCGCCUGCGCCUGGUCGCGCAGAUCGCGGCUGCGCAUGCGCGGCGGCUGGAGGCCCUGCGGCUCAAGGAGGAGGAGGGCCGCCUGCUGGAAAAUGAUACCGCACAGAUCAAACUUGAGAAUGAACAAGAGAGGCUAAAGAAGCAGAAAGCAAAGCAGGACAUCAGGACCUGUCUGCAGAGCGCCCUCCACGAGAAGAUGGAGCACAUGCAGCAGGAACACAGAGAGGAACAGGACUUGAACAUGAAGCUCGUGCAAAGGGCCCUUCACGACUUAGAGGCAGAGGCUGAGAAAAAGAAGCAAAAGAGGGAAGAUAUGAGAAGAGAACAGAAGAUAUAUACAGAAUAUAUAGCACAGAGACGCAAGGAGGAGAAAGUCCAGGAGAACGAGCUGGACAGAGUAUUAGAGAAAGAGAAACAGAAGAAGUCGGCUGAGAAGGACGAGCAGCUGAAACUUGAAAAGGAAGCAAGAAAAAAACUCGUGGAUGAGGUCAUGUGUACAAGAAAACUCCAAGUUCAAGAAAAGUUGCAGCGAAAAGCAAAAGAGGAGGAAGAACGUGUGAUGGAAGAGCAACGCAUAAAUGAAGGCCUUAAAGAACUGAACCGUGAAGACAGAGAGAAUUUCACAAGGCGCCGCUGUUUAGCCCAGGAGUAUCGGGAACAACUGCAGAUGCAGCUGGCCUUCCAGCGGCAGGCGAAGGAAGUCGAGAGAGAGGAGCUGCGCCGGGAGUUCGAAGCCGGAGUAGCCGCCAACAAGGCCUGCCAGGACCGGAUCCAGGAGCUGCUGACCAACCACACGGUGCUGGCCAGAAACGUCCACCCCAUGAGGAAAGAAUGCACCACCAGGCUUCUCCCACCCUAG